CUUCACAUUCCUUUUUUUCUUCUUCUUCUUCCCUUUUGUAUAAAUAAAAGCUGUUUCUUUUCUUUCUCACACCCCCACAUUUGCAUCCCUUUCUUCACUCCCUUGUACAUAUUCUCUCCCUUUUCUCAUCUCAUCGACAUUACUCAUUCCGCUUUCACUCGAACAGAAAGCAAUGUCGUCUGCAAAGCAACGACGCGCAGGGUCUAGGACCAAUAGCAUCUCCCCAUCAUCUAGCCCACCAUUGCCUCCGGCGCCGAUUUUGGCCCAGAACCGGGGCUCAGCAUCUCCUCGUCACCAAAAGGACGACGGCGACCUCGUCGUACCCACGCCUGUCCCCAUCAUCCGCUCGCGUUCCUCCCAAAAGAACGUUACCAUCACACAAGCACCAGGUCGUCCACAGGUCCAAGCGCCGCCCGAACCAGCCACACGCACCGAUCUCGCUCGUGCCGCGGUUCCCGUCCCUAGCGGCAGUGUCAAAAAGGGUUCUCUCCGUCGCUUCAUGACCCGUGUGCUCCUCGUCUAUCUGGGUUACACCCUCUUCUUUGUUUGCCCACAAACCAAGGAUCCGAGCUCAAACGCGGUUUGCGAUGGCAUCGUCCGUUUCCAGAACUGGCUCCGUCCUUACUCUGAACCCAUCACCAAGCAAUUCGAACCCUAUGUUGACCAGUACGGUCGUCCGAUCUACAACAAGGGUCAGAAGUAUUAUUCCAAUGUUGCCCAGCCCGUAAUCAAGUCUGCACAGGACAAGGCCUGGACUUCUUAUAGCCAGUAUGCUCAACCUCAUAUCAACAGGGCCUUCGAUACAAUCUACGACGAUAAUGUCAAGGCCCACGUCAACCGAUACCAGAAGCAGGCACAGCACCAUGUUGGGCGCGUUCGCGACCACGCCUGGCGCCUCCAUGCGACCCAUGUCCAGCCCGUUGUCAACAAGGUCUCGCCACAUACUCAAUCUGUUUGGGACCGUGCUUCGACUGGAGUGGCUCGAGUCUAUGGUACCGCCUUGGCUUUGUACAUGAACCACGUCAACCCGUACGCAGAGCAUACCUUUGCUGUUGUGUAUGAUGCGGCCGAAAACGCCAAGGAGUCCUUUGCGAAGCACACGGACGAGAUCUUCCACACCCGUUUCAGUAAGCAGAACCAGUCCAAGCCAGGCCGUGCCGCGACCCGUGCGGCCGAGAAGGCCAGACUCGCACAGAAGAAGGCCCAUGAGGCUGCCAAGGUCGCGGAGAAGAAGGCCAAGCAGGCCAAGGCUGAUGCGGAUGCUCAGGCAGGCAGUGCCAAGGAUACGCUUUUGAAGAAGGCCGCGAACGCGCAGAAGGCUGCAGAGGAGGCCACGGCACACGCUCAGAAGCUCGCGAACGAGUACUCGGCUUUGCUCAAGGCUACCGUGCUCGAAAAGGUCGACACUAUCAAAGAGGCAACUACACAUACCAAGAAACAACAUCAGAAGGGCGGUAUGCCUAGCGCUAAUGACAUCAAGGAGGCCAUCAACGAGAAGGCCUCUGGCGCCCAAAAGGUUGUUAACGAGUACUCGGAUUCCAUCAAGGCUGCGGUUAUCGGAAAGGCUGGCGAUGCCAAGAAGGCUGCCGUGGACAGCAAGCAGGCCGCGGUGUCGAAUGCUGAAGAGGUCAGGGCCACUGCCGCAGAGAAGGGACAUAAUGCUCAGAAGAUGGCGGAGCAGUUUGUCGGAACCGUGUCUGAGACCGUCGCCAAGAAGGCACAGGACGCGCAGAAGGCCGCUUCGGACGAGGCCGAGUACCUGCGCAACCUGGCGGAUGAGACCAUGCAGGACGCUAGCAAGAUGUCGGAUGGUAUCAAGAAGACUCUGCUCGAAAAGGCACGUGAGGCCAAGGAGCGCGUCCAGGGAGCCGGUGCCUAUAUCGUCGAUAGCGUCGUCGGUUCCACGCAUAAUGCCAAGGAAGUUAUUGAAGACGAGGCUGAGCGCGUUGCAGACUAUGCUGGCGAGAAGAAGGCUGCCUUGGAGAAGUUUGCAGUGGAAGAGGCCGCCGCGUUGAAGCUUGCAAAGAUGCAGAAGGAGAAGGAAGCAAAGAAGAUGGCUGAUGACGCAUCGAUUAAGGCUCAACAGGCGUAUGACUCUGCAAGCAAGCAAGCUGAUGACCUCAAGAAGAAUGCUCAGGACCGUGUCAAAAACGCACAAGAUACUGCCCAGGUCCAGACCGAAAGCAUCAAGAAGGCUGCACACAGCCACGCCAAGAAUGCCCAGGUCCAGACCGAAAGCAUCAAGGACGCCGCACAUAGCCAUGUCAAGGGUGCACAGGAGACUGUCCAGGGCCAGGCCGAAAGCCUCAAGAAGGCUGCUCAGGACCAGGUUAAGAAUGCACAAGUUCAGACCGAGAGCAUCAAGAAGGCCGCUCAUAGCCAUGCCAAGAAUGCUCAAGUCCAGACCGAAAGUAUCAAGGACGCCGCACAUAGCCACGUCAAGGGUGUACAUGAGACUGUCCAGGACCAGGCUGAAAGCCUCAAGAAGACUGCUCAGGGUCGUGCUAAGAAUGCUCAGGAGGUUGCUCAGGAUCAGGCACAAUGGAUCAAGUCUUCAGCAGACCAGAUCGUGAUGGGUGGCAAGGAGAAUACCGACAAGGCCAAGGACUAUGUUUCCCAGCAGGUUAAGGGUGCCGGCGAGAAGGUCGAGCAGACCAAGGAGACUGUGAAGCACAAGGCUCAUGAUGCGCACGCUGCAUCGAAGGCAUCAUUGGCGGCUAUGCUCGCUGGCAUCGAGGCCUCGUUCGGCAAGUUCCACAACUACGAGGACACGGAGAGCAAAAACCUAUGGACGAAGCUGCAGGACGCGAUCGAUGAGCACAUUACCGGCGCCAAGAAGUCAGCCCAGGAUCUCGAGAAGGCCAACCGCGAGACAUACGCGACUUUUGAGUCCUAUGUUAAAGACUGGCGCAACCGAGGCGGCGAUCUUGAGAGUCGUCUAUCGGAGCUGCAGCAGCAAUCUGUGGAUUCGAUCAAGAAGAUUGGAAACAAGGCCGAGGAGGACCGUACAAAGGCCAGAUCCAAGGCCGAGAUCCUAGCCAACAACGUCGAGGUACACCUGUCUGGUCUGAAGGACUUUUUGGCGGACCGUCUGAAGGCUUCAAAGGAGACUGCGAUGUCGGAUCUGCACGUGUUCAAGAAUACGAACAGCAAGGACGAUGAAAAGACGGUAGCAGACAAGUUGGUGGAGUUGGAGCAGGCAGCCAAGAACCGCUUGGAGAGUGCUGGUGCGGAUGCACGGACGAAGGCAUAUGAGUUGUUGAAGCAGGUAGAGGAGAUCUGGACAGAUUCAGAGGUGCAGUCGCGAGACUACGUGAAGCGGACAAGGGAGCUGGCGAACAAGGCUCGUGAGGAUGCGAAGGCCUCCGUGGGGGGAUCGACUGAGAAGAUCAAAUCUGCAAAAGAGGGUGCUGGCGAGUACUUGAAGGAGAAGAAGAACGAGAUCCAGGGCAAGAUGAUGGGUGAGGAGCCCCGUGUCCGAGUUGCGGAGGAGGAGCCAGGCUCAGGUCAUCGUCAUCAUCGUCAUUAGUUCACAGUAGCUUCUUUUCUGUACGUUUUCAAUGUCAUUUGAUGAAUGGUUUGAAAUAUAUAAAUAUGAAAGCCUUUUAUGCAC